AUGCCAUUAGUGGUUAAGCAAUUUGCACAACCAAAAAAUUCUCGUCAAAUUAAAGAGACAAGUAUGACCAGGAAAUUAAACGAGCUUCGAAAAGACAACCUCGUUUUUGGAAUUUUAUCUGUUUUGUUGGAAUGUGGUUAUAUACUCGACAUCCAGAAGCCAUCAAAAAAGACUACACACAUCCAUAAUGUCAAACUCUUAAAAAUCCAAGAUUCAAUUGGGCAAGUAGUUUGGGACCGAGACGUUGUGAGUGGGUCACAGGAUGUGACGAACGUAAUAAACAGCUUUGCUGAUGCCAUUACAAACAAGGGGAAAAAGACUAUUGACUUCAGAAAGGACAAAAAAAAGGAUGAUAUCAUCUUUGCUCUUAUGCUAGAUAAAAUAGCCAACAUUUUAAAAAGCAUAGGAUACGCCACUCUGAGAACAAAGGGCAAAAAAUAG